CCUAAGCACACAAAUUAUAUUUUAUCUUCACUAUUGUAAUUUUUCUUGCAUGAAAUCUUUUUUAAUCAUGUAAUAUUUUUUUGUAUAUAUUUUCUCAAGUAUCAAACUAACCCCUAAAGACAAGCUGCCUCACUUACUUAUUGCAACAAAAGCAGGCACACUGAUGGCAAUUUUAUCCGAUCACUUCUAAUCUCGCCGCCAUGAACACUGGCAGAGGAGGCGACACGCCGCCGGCGAACGGCGGAGAGUUCCUCCUCCAGCUCCUCCGAAAAUCCCAAAAUCCCAACCCUCAGACUCACCCGCCACAUCAGCAGCCUUCUCAGACGCCCUCCCAGGACCCCGCCGUCGCGGCGGUCGGCCCCACAAUCUCCGCCUUCUACCCGCCGCACGUUGCGGCAUUCCCUUCCGACGGACGCGAUCUCACUUACGCCGCGUGGAAUCACUCCACCUCCCCGCCACUUGCUCCGCACAAUUACUUCCCACAAAACCCUAACUUGAACCCUAUUUUAAACCCUGAUUUCUGCUCGUCACCUGGAGGAUUCAGUAAUAGUCAGCACCGGUUCAAUCCUCAGUCGAUUCUGUCUCCGGCGGCUGAGAAUACGAGGAAAUUACGGUCGUACGCGGGACAUUCCAGCUCGCAUCAGCAGCAGCUGGGUGAAAAUCUCGUAUUUGGGUCGCUGAUUCUUGAUGUCCCGCCGGAUAAUAUUGGGGAUGUUUUGCAUAGGAGCUUACAUCGGAAUAAUAAACCUGGAAACUCCUAUUUGGAAGAGAGAUUGGGAAUCGAUAUGGGACUUAACAGUGCCCCGAUGAAUCCCAUUGAGGUCAAUGGCGGUGCACGAGGAAAAUCAUCUGCAUUCAGAGGUUACGAGCAGGAAAGGGGUAGUAACAGUAACAACAGGUUAAGUAGGGGAGAUUCUGGAAAUCGUAGGGCAAUGGGGCCUGUGACUCCACCACCGGGGUUUUUGAGUAAUGCAAAGAAUGUGAAGAACAGUGAGUAUGGCUAUGGUGGAAGGACUUCGAAUGUAGAUAAGGACAAGGUUAGUUCAGGUGAUGCAUAUAAGAAUGAUAUGCUGAGCAAUCGGCUGAAAUCUGUUGUCCCACCUGCUGGAAGCAGCUUUCAGUCUGUUUCAGCCUUCGAUAUUGAGAAGUUGAUGGAUCGUUAUGCUAAUAAGGCUGAAGAAUCGAGACAUGUUAACAGGGAUAAGAUGAGCCGGGAUAAUUGGGUGAGUGAGAUGAACGGUUUGGAUCGGCUUGUGGGUUCUUUGGCUGUUGAAGACAAUUCUGUUGAGAAGAGACUUGAAGAUGAUUCUGAUAAAAAGAAGCACUACAGGGACAAGCUGACCGUUGCGCUUUGCAAUCAGGAAUAUAGAUCCGACAAGAGGGGACAGUGGAUAAUGGCUCAGAGGAUGAGAAUUGUUAAGAGCCGUGCAACAUGUCGAAAUGAUAUACACAGACUAAAUGCCCCCCUUUUAACCGUGUUUGAGUCUUUAAUCCCUCCCGAUGAAGAAAAAAUAAAGCAAAAACAGUUAUUGACGGUAUUGGAGAAGCUAGUUGGCAAAGAAUGGCCUGAGGCUCGAUUACACCUAUAUGGAUCCUGUGCCAACUCAUUCGGCUUUUCAAAAAGCGAUAUUGAUAUUUGUCUUCAGAUGGAUCUUGGGGAUAAGGACAAGGCUGAGGUCUUGCUAAAGCUGGCAGAGACAUUACAGUCCGGCAAUCUACAAAAUGUGCAGGCACUUACACGUGCCAGAGUUCCUGUAGUUAAGCUCAUGGAUCCAGCUACUGGUAUUUCAUGCGAUAUUUGUAUAAACAAUGUGCUGGCUGUUGUGAAUACAAAGCUGCUCCAUGAUUAUGCACGCAUAGAUGUAAGACUCAGGCAGUUGGCAUUUAUUGUCAAACACUGGGCUAAAUCACGAGGAGUUAAUGAAACUUACCAAGGAACACUCUCUAGUUAUGCGUAUGUAUUAAUGUGCAUUCAUUUCUUGCAACAGCGUAGGCCCGCCAUACUUCCUUGCUUACAGGGAAUGGUGACUACUUAUUUUGCGACUGUAGAAAAUGUCGAGUGCGCUUAUUUUGAUCAAGUGGAGAAGCUACAAAACUUCGGGUCCCACAAUGGGGAAAGUAUUGCUCAGUUAGUCUGGGCCUUUUUCCACUACUGGGCUUAUUGUCAUGAUUAUGCAAAUGACGUUAUCUCAGUUCGUACUGGAAGCACACUGAGCAAGAGAAGUAAAGACUGGACCAAACGGGUUGGUAAUGAUCGCCACUUGAUAUGCAUCGAGGACCCGUUUGAGGUGUCUCACGAUCUUGGCCGUGUGGUGGACAAGCACAGCAUUAGGGUCAUUCGUGAAGAGUUUGAACGUGCGGCCGAAAUAAUGCAGUAUGACCCUAACCCUUGUGUGACUUUAUUCGAGCCCUAUGCCCCCAAUUAGUUCUUAUUUUCGGUUUUGUGUUAAAUUUCAUGUGGUUCUGAUCUUUUGUGUAUAUAUAUAUAUAUUCGUUAUCCCUUUUGAAAUGUGGUUAAGUGUGGGAUCAAGUUAAGUAUUUUCGUGGUCGAAAUGUUGCUAAAUAUCAUAACAAAAAUAAUGCAAGUUAUUCCAGUCUUGUAUAUUGCCAAAAUUUUGUUGACUGCAUUAUAUUUUGAUCUAGUUUUGAGCUGAAACUAUGCGUUGAAUUUAAAUUUGGCGUUGAAGGUUAGUACUAAUGUCUAGUUUUUCCAUGUCUCAAUUUACUUUGUUUCAUUUGAUUCCGGUACAUUAAUAUUUGAG